CGCCGCUCUGCGCCUGCGCGUACCCUGGAUCCCAUCGACUCUUUCAGCGGCAGACGACGACCCGCCGCAGUUUGGAGUGUUCGGCAGCACCGGUGUCGACGUAGCCAGCUCUGGUGGAAAAAGAAACGCUAAGCUCGCCAAGCCGAUCCUCCAGGUCCAGUGGACAAAAUCCGAGGGUCGCUGACGAGAUUCAGCAGGAGCUGGCCAGCUUCAACGCUUCCUCCUUGAAGCACACAGAGACCCAGGAGAAGGUCCUACUUCCUUCCAAGGAAGAUGUUCAGCAGGAGAAGAUCCACAACAGCCUGCUGGAAGGUGUGGAGCAGUUUGAGAAGACGAGCAUGAAGCAUGCACACACGCAGGAGAAAGUGUGCCUCCCAAAGAAAGAAGUGUCCCAAAAUGGACAGCAACAGGCAAGCAUUAUUAGGUGGCAUCAAGGGCUUUGAGAAGUCCCGGUUAAAGCACACAGUCACCAAGGUGAAACAGUUCAAGCCCACAGCACAAGACAUCGAGUCUGAGAAGGAGCACAAGCAGAUGAUUGAAGGCAUCGAGUCCUUCGACCCCUCAAAGCUGAAACAUGCGGAGACCAGUGUUAAGAACCCACUGCCGACCAAGGAAGUCAUAGAACAGGAGAAAGCCGCGUGAAGAGCUGCGCUAAUGCCAACACAACCGAUGCCAAGAGAAACAAAGAUCCAGUCAUCGUGUCUCUCCUUGUCCCGCUUUUUUUUUUCUGCAUCCUCCCGGGGGUCUUCCUCUUAUCAUCCUGGGCAUGCAUCCCUCUUGUAACUCGGCGGCCACACCAGCUGUUUCUUUAGUAGCAUUAUUUCUGGCAGCCUUUCAUCAACAGAGGUGCUUGUUUGUGCGUGCAUGGGGUCGGCAGCAGAGGGUCACGAAUGCUUAAACAUGUGCAACCAGAAGGUGCUGUGCAGUUGGGGGUUGCCUUGGCUGGCAUACUGUGGCCAAACUGAGUUUUAUUUACACUUCGGCACCUUGCAGCAAAAGAUUGUGUGAAAGUCCUGUUUAGGCUGCCUCGUGAUUUUGCAAACAAGAUUUUUGAAGCUGGUUGUGGCACCUUUCGUUAUUGAUGCAUUUUGUACGUGGAAAGGCGGUCGGAUGUUUAUUUAAUAAAUAAUUUCACUUUCGGAA